ACUGCCAAUACUGAAAAUCUAUAAUAUAUGUGACAUGAACUAUAUAUUUCCAUUACUGACAGUGAAUAUUCGAACGCAUCUUAGCACAUUGCAAAUGUGAUUCGAUUGACAUCACUGGCUACAAGUUUUGUGAUAGAGGCUAAAAGAACAAACCCAAUGUCAGAAUGUAGCUAUUUCUUAAUAAUUCACUAUUGUUGAACGACUGGCUGUCAAAUAAUCCAAAAACUCUCUCACAUAAUUCGCAUAAAGAACACGUGAUUUGAUAAAAUUUAUCAAUGGCAGCAAUCGAUAAAGUUAAAAUUAUCGUGGUAGGCGACUCAGGUGUUGGUAAAACAUCGCUGACUCACUUAAUAUGUCAACAACAACCUAUUUGCAAUCCUUCUUGGACAAUAGGUUGCUCAGUGGAAGUAAAGCUGCAUGACUAUAAAGAAGGUACGCCGAAUCAGAGAAGAUAUUUCGUCGAGCUUUGGGAUGUUGGUGGCAGUCAAAAUCAUAAAAAUACAAGAUCUGUAUUUUACAAUCCCACAAAUGGCAUAAUAUUAGUCCACGACUUAACAAAUCGUAAAUCACAGCAGAAUCUGCAGAAAUGGCUGGAGGAGGUUUUAAGUAAGGAUGGAAUCUCUUCAAAGUCCAAGUCAUUCGAGGACUUUGAUCCUGAGAAAUUUGUGGGCUCAACGCAGAUUCCAAUUCUAGUCAUUGGUACGAAGCUCGACCUGACCUCUGAAUCUAAUUCUGUAAAAUCCAACAUACACAGACGCUCAGCGACCAUUGCGGAGGAAUGUGGUGCCGACGAAAUAUUUUUGGAUUGUCGUCAGAUAAGAUCUUUAGCAGCAGGCUCGAGUUCAUCUGUGAAGCUCAGUAGAUUCUUUGAUAAAGUUAUUGAAAGACGUUAUUAUUCUUCUAGAGAAGCACUCAGUCCUGACAAACGAAGAUUACCAGUAUACACUUCCUCGCUUUAUCCAAAGUUUUAUCAUAACGACUAAGUAAAUAUGUAAAAUAUGUUAACUCAAGCAGGAUCCUUUAUUUUAUGUUACACGGGAAAAUGAUUUUCUUGUAAUACGAAAUAUGGAAUUGCAUGAGUUAAAUAUUGUAAGGCUAUCGAUCUCGCAUUUCUUAUCCACAUUCCUGAUCUUCCAACGAAAAUAUCUUUAUAAAAUCGAGACAAAAAGACAGAAAAAAGGAAGGAAGAGAAAGACAACUGUGUGUAAAUGCAGCGUAGAUAAAAAUAUAUUAGACUCAA